UUUUUUUAAAAAAGAGAGAGAAGUGGAAAAAGGUUGCAUGAAAUGUUACCAUUACCAUACCAGUUGUUACAAGAUAUCAUCCCAGUGUAAGUCUUAAAUCUGUAUUGUCCAGAAAUGCUUCAAAAAUACUUAAGAAAUCAAAUAUCCUAUAUUUUUGAUCACUCUCCCUGUUUUGGAUACAUUAUUCUAUUACAUUAUUGCACUUCAUAUGACAUGUGGUGUCAUUCAUAAAUGUUAUGUAAGUCUGUGUGCUGUCACACCCUCUGCCCCACCUUUCUGCUAUUACAUGAACUGGAUCAUUGCAUACAAUACCUCAAAGCAUUUAACUUUAACUUUGGUCCGUGAACUUGUAAUUACAUAUUUUAAGGGAUUAAGUAAAAAAGAUUAACAUUAUAAACAUUUUUAGGAAUUUAGUAUCUUAACUUCUAGUAAAAGAAGAUUGCUUGCUGCUUUACUGACAAGGUUCAACAUAACUUAUCAGUAUCGUUGUCAGUAAAGCAGUGUUUAUUGCCUGAUUUGUUCAAGUGGAAAUGAUGAACAAGGGUCAAAAACAGAGCUGUUAUCUGUCCCAGUCGGUGCCUGGACUCUUUAGUAGCUCUUUAAUCCAAUAGUUGGUUUAGGGGGCUGGGUUAAGUUAAAGGUUUUGCAUGGCAGCCAAGUUGCACAAUCACCUUGUCUAUUGUUUGCUCAUCAGUGCUUAUCUGCUCUAGAGGUACAAACUCAAAAUAUGACCUCUGUGUGAAUGUGUGCGUGUGUGUAAGAGAGAGAUGUUUCAAGUCACUUGUAGUUGGCUAGUUUGAUAAAGAACUUUUCAGUCACUUUAAAUCUUUUGUCUUAUUUAUCAAGUCUGGUCAGAAGUAACUUUAAUGUUUAACAGUUUGGUGAGUUGAAAAAUUACUUUGCAAUCCUUUGCAUGCUUUAAAGUGAUGUUGGGAUGUGGUUGUGUGGGGUCUGGAGAGAAGAAAUACCAGUUCCCCUGCCGUUGUCCUGACAGGCUGUUAUUUUUUCUUGUGCUGUGAGAAUAAAAGGAAUUCCUUGGAGAUUUCGUUGAUGAGUGAUGUGCCACUGUGCUGUGGCACUGAGGCCAGUUGUUUUCAUACAGACUCCAAUUGUCAUGACAAGACAGUACAAGGCAAUGACUGUCGGUCACUUAAAUGUCCUGGUGCAGACACUGUUGUAUAGUGCAGAUGAACUAAAGUAGAAAAGAAACGCCACAAACAUGGUAAAGAAGGAGGGAGAUGCCAGUUUGAUGGGUGACUCAUGCACGACUACAGCCCAUGUAUUUUCUCCUCAGUCCUAUUAGUAACAGAACAUAUAGCCUUUAAAUUAUGGUGAGAAAGAGGGAAAUCAGUGUACUGACUGUGGAGUAAACUACAUGUUCAGGAGGAAAUCUGUGACGGGAAAUAGGGAAACAAAAGUAGCAUGCAGUAAAGUGAGAAGGUGGGCUCCAUAUCACUGCUGGGUGAGAAAAUGUUGAAGUCAUUGAACAGUUAGAGGGACGGAGGAGGGCCGUGGAGUCGGCUGUGUGAAGCUCCAGGGAGCAGAGAGGAGAACACACCCAGCCAACAGAGACCAGAGAGGCAGCUCUGAAAACCCCCUCUUCUCCUCCUCCCUCCUCCACCUCUGGAGCAGCCUGCGAGGGCCUCAAGCCCCCGUCCAAACUAAACACACCAGACCACAGCUGCAUUCAUGAUAUCCCCUGAUAACUUGAACCAACAACAACAACUGCAAGGAGACGCGUGGACAAAGCAUAAUCAGACUACAUAAUCCCAGUUGAACAACAGCACACUACUGUAACAAACAACAAAAAACACAGACGACCACCGAUUGACUAGCUAACAGACAGAUUGACACUUUGACCAGCCAGGGCUUGACAUAAAUGGCUGACAAGCAGAUCAGUUUGCCUGCCAAAUUGAUAAAUGGGGGGAUCGCUGGCCUAAUUGGAGUGACCUGUGUGUUUCCCAUUGACCUGGCCAAGACUCGCUUGCAAAACCAGCAAAAUGGAUCUCGCCUUUACACCAGCAUGUCAGAUUGCCUUAUUAAGACCAUCCGGUCAGAAGGAUAUUUUGGGAUGUACAGAGGAGCUGCGGUGAACUUAACACUAGUCACGCCAGAGAAAGCCAUCAAAUUGGCUGCCAACGACUUCUUCAGGCAUCACCUCUCCAAGGAUGGAAAACUCACUCUGCUUAAAGAGAUGCUGGCUGGGUGCGGGGCAGGUACAUGCCAGGUUAUUGUCACAACUCCUAUGGAGAUGUUGAAAAUCCAGCUCCAAGAUGCUGGACGAAUUGCGGCUCAGAGGAAGCUGAUGCCAGAGACGGUGCCAGCAGGUGCUGUGGAGACCAAGUCCCCAACAGCCAUGCAGCUCACCAGAGAAUUACUGAGGGAAAAGGGCAUUGCUGGGCUGUAUAAAGGCCUUGGUGCCACAUUGCUCAGGGAUGUUCCUUUCUCCAUCAUCUAUUUCCCCCUUUUUGCCAACCUGAAUAACCUGGGCAAAAGAGGUGUAGAUGGGCCUGCUCCUUUCUACGUGUCGUUUGUGUCAGGCUGCCUUGCGGGGAGCACAGCGGCUGUUGCUGUCAACCCUGUUGAUGUGAUAAAGACUAGACUGCAGUCCCUGAACCGAGGGAGCACAGAAGACACGUACAGUGGAGUGACUGACUGUAUCAGGAAAAUUAUGCGUAAUGAGGGUCCAUCAGCCUUCCUGAAGGGAGCCUACUGUCGAGCCUUGGUCAUUGCACCUCUGUUUGGCAUCGCCCAGGUGAUCUACUUCCUGGGUGUGGGUGAAUUUAUCCUCAGCUUCUUGCCCAAAAAAGACAACUAAGAAGCACCUCCUUUCUGCCUUUCCCUCCCAUAGUGCAUCAAACCAACUGCGUGAGGAUUCAUCUCAUUCUGAAAGAAAUUUUCGAUGGGUCAAAGCAUGACCAAUCAGUACAUUUUGCUUUAAAUUUUUUGUGCUGAAUGUUGAACUAGUUUAGACGAGAGCCUUUGUUUGCCAAACUGCCUGUGGUGGCACACACAAUUCCAGUAGGCAUGCUCAGCUAGCUCUCUGGAAAUACAGCCACACAUAUCAGUUUUAAAGGAAUAUUGCUUUACAAUUACAUUUUACUGCAUUUUUGAAUAUGAUUGUUGAAUUUUCAAAGUAGAUGUACUGCCCUUGGUUGCUGCAGUUCUGCAAGCCCUACAGUACCUAAUGUUUUCAAACAGCAUUAACCUCUGAAUGACAGAGAAAACCAUAGUGAUCUAGUGAAAAUUAUAAACUGUAACUAAAUUAAAUGCACAUACUUUAUUUUACUCUAUUCAAAGAAUUCCCCCAGACCUUACAUCUUAAAGAUAGUAUACUUGUAAUCAGAAAUAAUAAUAUGCCUCUGUUUCAGAAAAAGACCCAGGGAAUGUGUUGAUUUGAUACCAGCACACCCCCUAUGAUCUUUCCUGAAAAGCCACAUCCCUUCCUAUAAGUGGAUGUAAUGAACUCAGCCAUUCAGCUCUGAGCAGACUUUGAUUGCCUUGGCUUUUUAAGUAGAUCAGGUUCCAUCUGAUAUUUAGUGCUACCACAAUGGUUCCACUGUUUUGCCUCUGUAAAAGAUAUCUCGUGUUUCGUAGUCACACGCUAGACUGCAGAGACAGUGUACAACAUUUUGGGCAUUAUGCACAACCAAACUACAUGUGCGCAAAAAACCCCAACUGCUUCUACGCUUCUUUUUAUGGGUCGAAACCGUCAAGCAUGUUGUACUUGUGGCUACACCCCAAUCAGUGAUGUCAUUGUGGAUUCAAGUGAAAGCAUUAGCUGUGAACACUAAAUGGGUUGAAAGUAAUUUUAAUAGAAUACCAGAUUAUUAGUAGAUAUUCACUAAUUAUGCUGACAAAUGGUCAGACAUCACAUGCUGAGGCCUCAUGACUACACUGAUCCAUUGUGGAGCCAGUAAGACCUUAGCUGGAGUUCAAACCCUUCAGAUUCAGACAUGAUUAUUAUUGUUUACAGAUGAGUUCACACUCAAUUUAAAUUCUUCGUCCGAACUUGAAUUCAGUGGCAGGACCCAAAGAGCUAAUGAAAAACCUUUCUUUAUCAGAAAAUUAAACCAAUGUGGUUUUGUGUUUUAUGCGUUUUACCAAACAUAUCUGUUUGUUUGCGUUAGAGGUUUUGUUUGCUUUAAGCUGCUAGGGGAAGCAGCCCUGUCGUAUCUUGUUUAUGCAUCACAACACUGAAGCCCUGCCAUUGGUUUAUCUCGCCGGAGAUCAAGGUGACUUGUGUGUAUUAUCCAAUCACAUUCCUUCCCUGCUCCCACUGUUCAAGCAGCUUUUCAAUUGUACUGUUGCAUUAUAGAUGCGCGGUACAACUUUUCAAUGUAUUAUCAUUUGUGGGAAUAAGAUCUAUUUAUCAAUAUUCCUUUCUAUACGCAGUAUAGCACUAUAUUUGUAUGUGUUGUUUUUUCUGUGUCAAAGUGUCCACCUUAACUAUAUUGUACAUAUGCAGAUGAUAUGAACUAUUAUGUUUUAGAAUUUAUUGUUUGUUUUGUAAAUGAUGGCUUAUUUGCACACCUACCUCUCCAGCUCCCCCCUCAAUCCAUAUUGUGGUGAUUUUAUGUUAUGAUGAUGUGGACAUAUCAAAUGAAGCAACAUAUUUUAAUGCAACAAGCAUCAUUUAAUCUUAAAUACAGAAUAUUGAGGUUGUUUUUACUGUAUGCAGAGGGGAACACUAGUGUAGAUCUAGGAUGGUUUUUUGGAGGUGCAAUUUCUCCCAAGUUGGGUCAGCCUAUUGUCCUGUUUCCUACAGUUUUAUCAACUAGGACCAAAUGAAGCAUCAUAUAAUGAUGAUAGAAAUGUAGUUAGUUUGAAGUGAAUGACCUAUGGCACUAUUUAAAUUGUUCUGGAAAUGAAAUACACCCUGGACAAGGCCAGCAGGGACCUGCUGACAUCAGACUGUAAAUCUAAAAUCUCUUUUUGAACGGUGCUUCUUUCAUGAGGUAGCUGCAAUAUGACAGUGGCGGCACUAACAACCAAGGCUGUACCAACUGAAUCACAUGCUAGCGCAUCUCAGCCUUAUCAAUGUCUUAACUGAAAGCCAUAGGUCAGAGAGCGAUAUCAGAACUGCUAGACAUCAGCUGGCACCUCCAGCUAUGUUGACAGAUGACAGCUGAGCCACAGGAAAAUGGCAACAAAACCUGCCUACUUGUGUGAGCUCAUCUUUAUAAAUUACUCUUGUAGUUGUUCAACAUUCCGAUUGCCAUUUCAUCUCAUAUACGCUGUUAUUGUGAUCAUAAUGCCUAUUUUUGUGUUGUUGAGAUUAUUGUUAUGAUUUUUGAACCCCCCCCCCCACUCUUCCCUCAUUAUUUUCAGAUUGAUUUUAUCUGUUUUUGGUUGAAUCUUGAAAAACGUUGUGCAAGUCAUUUUGUUUUACUCAGCUGUGAAUUUUAACUGACCUUGUGCAUUUGGUUAUGUAUGUGUGUGUGUGUAUGACUGUGUAGUGCUGUAAUUGAUGUGUAGUUGUUAGUGUGACACUGCAGUAUUUUUCUCUUUGAUUGUCAGACCCAUGCUCUCUCCCCUCUUUCCUUCAAUCUGUCACACUCUUCUGCCAUCUACUCUCCCUAGCAUCCACAGCUGGGGUGCAGGUUAAUGCAGAGGAGCUCUAAAACACCAAAUGUAUGACUUAGAGUGUAUACAAUCAAAGAAAGCACAAAGGAUUAUUAGGCACAAGAGACUGCACAGCCCAAAUUGAUUAUACUCAGACAAAGUCCUUUUCAAAACAACGUGCUGCUUUUGCAGACAUGGAUUUAAGUCUGAUUUAUUUCAGUGGAGAUGUUGGUUGAGAUUAACGUUUUAGUCUUGUAAGAAAGUUUAUCUAUGUCUGUAAAACUUGAUCCACAGGGCUGAGAUGACAGGACAUAUAAGAGACCCAAUGUGGUGGUGUCCACUAUGUCACCUAUCAGCAGUUAUCCACAAAAUGUAUAUCUCCUACAUAUUCUAAAUGAAUCAGAUAUAAGAAUGUAACUUAGAUAUUAUGAGAUGUAUUAUAAUGAUAGUGAAGAGUUUAUUACAUUUUAAUCUAAAGAUUUGUGCUUUACACAUUCACUGAAAAAUUCAUGAACCAGCUCACUGAUAUGCAAUAAGUAGAAGCCACACACUAUAAAAAAUAAGUAAACAGAAAAUCACAACACAACCUGUCAAAUACAACAUCACACAAUGUAUGAUGCAACCGGGGACCUUGGAGGCCUUCUGGGGUCUGAGCUGUCUUCACGGCCUCUGUUGUCUUCCUCCAAGAGGAACUGUGCAUUACAGCACUUUAAAACAAGGGCCCCCACCCCACUGUCCAUCUACAAAGUCUCUCUAUGACAAAGAGGGUGUUUAUGAAUAUGUGUGGUGAAUGACACAGUUGUCCUAGACAUUGUUGACAAUGCAAGUGAGGGAAAAAAUAAAUAAAACAUUGUGUUUCCUGUCACAAUUUGCUGUUCAAUAAACUGACUGUCCUUAAA